ACCCACAGCAAGAGAGAGAGAUGGGAGAUUCCGUUCUUUUUAGCCAGCCAUGGCCCACACCCCUCCCUUUUCUCAUCUUUCUCUCUUUUUCUCUCGCCAGCUUCUUAUUUGUGGAGUUUGAUAUUUUUCUUCGUCGUAUGUGUUAAAAGGGGAAGCCGUUUCCCAGACAGACGUGCAGAGCAACGCGGCACUGUAUCUCUUCUUCUUUCUGGCGAUUCUCUUCUUCUUCCUCCUCCUCCUCCUCCUUUUCCUCUUCUGUUUCCACUUGACAGCAGAUACUUUGAUUCGGAUCAAGGAAAAAAACUUGAAAAAUACAUCUCUGAAGAAGUUUACGCAGACAGCCGCACCGAAGUUUCUCCUGAUCUGUGUAGGUGCGGUGGUAAUGGUGUCUCGGACUUUCUGGGACGAGAGCUUUCUGUUCGACAUUCUAAUGCGACUCCCCAUCUUUUCUGCAACUUCCUUUCCCUGAAACGAAAUCUCGAUUUGUGAACUUUCAAAACGCGGAACAGACAGUUAUUUUGAGCCGAGGCGUCCCAUUUUGAUCUAGCCAGUAGCUACCUCGCUUCUCACCUCUCUCUCUCUCUCUCUCUCCACACUUUUCUCCGACAUUGUUAACCUUCAUCGUGGUGUUCACGUUUUGCUUUGGCUUCAUCAAUCCCCGUUGGCCACAACCCAACAUUUUCUAUUUCCAAAAGAACGGUUCUGUAAAGAACGGUUCUGUUUCUGCCACCGCCCCACCCCCACACUCCUCUACCUUGCAUUCUGGUAGGAAGAAGAGAUAACUCGAGAUAACUCUGACCUACUUCCUGCAUAUUGUAUUCGCCUGUGGUUCCUUCCCAUUCACGGCCUUCAGUCGCAAGAUAAGACGGUCAGAAGCUUCCCAUAACUUAACAAGUCCACCCUCGUACUCGGCGCUUAAAGAGAGCUACGGCUGGUUGUACUUUUAAUGCGAAGUGGUUGAGAGACGUGUUCGGUUGUUGCGUCCUCCUCUACCGUCUGCCCCUCUUGGUGGAACGCUGUGGCUCCGGGAAAGAAUGGUGGAAUUUGGCCAUUUUGCUAGCGGAAAGAUGAAAAAGGAGCGCAAAUGCAGGUCAUAUUCCUGGCCAAGGAUGGUGAUGAGAAAGUGGCUCAAUAUCAAAUCGGACGAGUUCCAUUCAGAUUCGCUAGGAGCCAACGCCUCCGUUCAUCCUUGUAUAAGCACGACAGAACGAAGGGCUAGCUGCUCCGACAUAGACCGAUGCGUCCUUCUCAAGAAGGAUUUGUUAGGAGGCUGGUACCUUGCUGCUCCAAAAUGCCAAGACUUGCCCAGGGCUGAACCACUGAUCCCGGGUACCGAGAACUUGAGGAUGUUCGUCGGCACUUGGAAUGUGGGAGGUAAUCCACCUCACGGCGGAUUGAAUCUCAGAGACUGGCUAGAAGCCCAAUUCCCCGCCGAUAUCUACGUACUCGGGUUUCAAGAAAUAGUGCCUUUAAACGCGGGGAACGUGUUAGGUGCGGAGGACCAUGGCCCUGCCAUGAGGUGGCUUUCACUAAUACGUCAGGCCCUGAAUGGACAUGAUGCGUCUCCACCGGCAGAGUCCAUGUCCCCUACCUUCAGCCUCUCCAACGAGGAAGGCGCCACAUUGACCGACCACCAUCGGACCCAGAAGCCCAGGGUCAGUUUCUCGGAUCUGCUGGCCAUGGAGAGUCAGAUGGAUGAGGAAGACGCGAAUUACCCAAAUUCCACUUGUUUGGAUGAAGAGUGUAGCGGGCUUGCGGAGUCUGCAUGGGAAAGGCACCACGGAGGGCGCUACUGCUUGGCCGCCAGCAAACAGAUGGUGGGUCUUUUCCUCUGCGUAUGGAUUCGCAGGGACCUGAGGCAACACAUUGGCAGCCUCAAAGUCUCAUGCGUUGGUCGGGGACUAAUGGGCUACAUGGGGAACAAGGGCUCGAUUUCAAUCAGUAUGACCUUUCAUCAAACUUCCUUCUGUUUUGUGUGUACACAUUUGACCUCUGGUGAGAAGGAAGGUGAUGAAACCCGAAGGAAUUCCGAUGUUAUUGAAAUCCUAAGGAAGACGAGGUUCCCUGUAUCUCGUAGACUUUCUGGACCUGCACCCUCCCCAGAUAGCAUUUUAGACCAUGAUAGAAUAAUCUGGCUCGGUGAUCUAAACUAUCGCCUAGCAUGCGGCUGUGAAGACACUCAGAAGUUGCUACAGAGGAAGGACUGGGACGUCCUGUUGGAGAAGGAUCAGCUGCGAAUAGAGCAAAAAGCGGGACGCGUGUUCAAAGGAUGGGAAGAAGGGAGGAUUUCCUUUGCGCCUACUUACAAGUACCUGGUCAAUUCAGACCGUUACGCCGUCGAGACCGCCAGAUCUAGGGAAAAGCGCCGGACUCCCGCUUGGUGCGACAGGAUUCUCUGGAAAGGCAAAGGCAUUCACCAGAUAUCCUACGGGCGAUGGGAGUCCAAGUUCUCAGACCACCGGCCGGUCAGCGCCCUCUUCUCGGUUCAGGCGGACACGAUCAACAGGACCAGGCUCGAGAAGCCGUGUAUCACUGGCAACGUCGCCUGCGGGAGGGUGGAAGCCGAGGAGCUGUUAAUGAGGUCAGAGAGCUGCAUGGGGAUGUCAAGGUGUUGAUCUUAGUUUGGCCUUUUGAGUGAACCUCCCUUCAGCUCAGGUUGGCUCCUUCCCUGUGCAGGUGGGCUCAUUUUGUGAAGCCAGUGGAUCCUUAAUAAGAGCUCCUUCCACUUUGACUAGGGGGUUGUGGAUCAUUAAGUUAAAAGGGGCUGAAGAGUCCAACAGCAAAAGCUAUACCUUUUGACGAGAACUGUUGGGGGCUGGCUGGGUCCGGUUUAACCACCACUUGCCCAUCAAAAGCAAAAUGGGGAGAAUGCCAUGGGGCAUGAUUAUGGGCAGAAAGCCUGGCCCUUCGUUUGCACAUAUUCGGCCACGCGGAGGUUGGUUCGAAGAGCAUACCUCCCUUUUGGCUGGCAGAGCGAGUGCUGUAUACUCUGGAGCAAAUACAUGAAAAGAAAAAAGAGGAAAAAGAACUUUUUUUGGAUGAUUAGUUAUUCUGACGAUAAAGUUUGGGCUAGCUGGUGGAAUCAUGAUACAGGAGAACAAGGUUGGUGCUGCUUGCAGAAGGGAACUACAGUCUGUCCUGCCAACGUCAUGCGUGGUUAUGGUGCCGCGCAAAUGGCCGAGUCAGAGAAGUUUCCUUUUAAUUUUUCUGAAGAAAGUGAUUGAGAUUGUUUUGUUUUUUCUUUUUCAGGUUGUAAAAUGGCCAAAUUGUUUUGGCUCGUGUUCAUAGCCAUAUACCUGUUUACAAUUCUUUUGGUUCUUCUUUUGUGUAGAAAUGAUAAUGAUUAAAAAGUU